AUGGCUUACACCAAUCCGCGAGACUCGGUCUUCAACCAGCCCAAGCCAGUCGUACAUCUUCCUCAAGACCUUUUGGCUGCUAUUGCAAAAGGCGCUGAGCCCUAUGAAAUCCCCGCGGGAAGAAAAUACGAGUACGGAACUGCAGGAAGGGAUUGUAGCAAUGCUGGCCUUGACCAUGUCAUGUACACUGUUGGAUUGAUUGCGGCCAUCCGCUCAAAGAAGCGCAAUGCGACCAUUGGAAUCAUGAUCACGGCCAGUCAUAACCCAGCCGACGACAAUGGAGUCAAGUUGGUUGAUCCCAUGGGUGACAUGCUCGAGCAAUCUUGGGAAGGCUAUGCUACAACCUUGGCCAACACUCGGAAUGAUCAACUUGCCAAGGCAUAUGAAGAUCUCACCAAUGAGACUUUGGUUGACGAGAUCCGACAGCUUCAUGAGCGACCUGCCAAAGUUGUCUUUGCCCGCGACACCCGUGCUUCUGGACCAUACCUAGUCACCGCGCUCAAAGCCGCCUUGGAUGCUGCAAAGGUUGAAUACAAGGAUGAAGGAAUCUUGACCACCCCACAACUUCACUACAUCGUUCGCGCCAUCAACACCCUGGGCUCUCCAUAUGAAUUCGGUCCUCCAUCUGAGGAAGGUUACUACAAGAAGAUGGCAUCUGCUUUCAAGGUCCUCAUGCAUGGCCGCACCAUUCAUGGCACUGUGACAGUCGAUUGUGCAAAUGGAGUCGGUGGCCCCAAGUUGCGAGAGAUGAUCAAAUAUCUUCCAACCGCCAAAGAGGGGGGCAUCGACAUCAAGGUUGUCAACGAUGACGUGGUCAAGCCUGAGGCUCUCAACUUUGAGGCAAAUUAUGUCAAGACUAAGCAGCGUGGCCCUCCGAGCUCGAAUGCUAAACCAGGUGACCGAUGCUGCUCUCUGGACGGCGAUGCCGAUCGUGUUGUCUACUACUACACCGAUGAGCAGAACACCUUCCAUCUCCUUGAUGGUGACCGAAUUGCUACUCUUGGCGCCGUCUUCCUCGCAGACAUGACACGUGUUGCUGGUAUCGAUCAGAAACUCAAGAUUGGCAUUGUGCAGACCGCUUACGCCAAUGGUGCUGCAACUGAGUACGUUGAGAAGGUCCUCAAACUCCCAGUCACGGUCACCCCAACCGGUGUCAAGCAUCUUCACCACGCUGCUGCGCGUUAUGACAUUGGCGUCUACUUCGAAGCCAAUGGUCAUGGUACUGUUCUCUUCUCGGACAAUGCCAUCAAAGUCAUCCGUGAGUCGGAACCCAAGUCUCCUGGACAGAAGCACGCCCUGGAGUCUCUUCGCGCCUGUAUCGAUUUGAUCAAUCAAGCUGUUGGUGAUGCCAUUUCUGACAUGUUGUUUGCCGAGGUUGUCCUUGCGCACAAGUCUUGGACUCCGGAAAAUUGGCGCAACACUUACAUUGAUCUUCCAAACCGCCUCGUCCGCGUUGAAGUCGCCGAUCGCUCUAUCUUCAAGGCUACCGAUGCUGAGAGAAAGCUUGAAUCUCCCAAGGGUGCGCAGGAGGAGAUUGACAAGUUGUGCCAUAUGUACGUCAAGGGCCGCGCCUUUGCUCGAGCUUCUGGUACUGAAGAUGCCGUUCGGGUCUACGCAGAGGCACAUUCUAAGAUAGAAUCCGAGAAACUUGCUAGCCAAGUCACCGAGGUGAUCCGAAAAUAUGGUGCCUAA